AUGGAGUCCCGCUCUGUUGCCCAGGCUGGAGUGCAAUGGCGCGAUCUCGGCUCACUGCAAGCUCCGCCUCCCGGGUUCACACCAUUCUCCUGCCUCAGCCUCCCGAGUAGCUGGGACUACAGGCACCUGCCACCACGCCUGGCUAAUUUUUUUUUUGGUAUUUUUAGUAGAGACGGGGUUUCACCGUGUUAGCCAGGAUGGUCUCGAUCUCCUGACCUCGUGAUCCGCUCGCCUCGGCCUCCCAAGGUGCUGGGAUUACAGGCAUGAGCCACCACGCCUGGCCAGUCAUUCAUUGUUUUUGAUAAAAGUCCCAACAAGGAGUAACAGCAUCAGGGCUGCCUUUUUCUUGUUGCUUAUUUUGGGGAGGAGGUGAUGUUUUUAUAGUUUCUUUGUAGGAGUUAGUUUAAGUCUCUUCUUCAUUUGGAUGUAGUUAAGGGCUACAGAACAUAAUUACAUAAUUACAAUUUUACCUAAAAGGCUCCUGGAGACAGCAGUGUGUGGCAAGCACGGUGCACCCUCUGGCCUCUGCCCUCAUGGUCGACUGCCUGUGAGCACCUGACAUGGGACAUGAGGGCUGUGUCAACUCUGUGUUACUGUUAAUAAAUCUUACCUUCUUUUGAUAGUUGUAAGAUAAAAAAUCAAUACGAAGGAGACUGAAAGAGUCACAUGACCUGAAGUUGGAGCUAGGCAGAGGUCCUUGAACAAUAGUAAAGAAUGGCUUUAUUUUACAUGCAGGCAAACCAUUGGCAGUUUAAGCCAGUGGCUAAGCAGAGAGGUGAUGGGGUCAGGUUUGUGUUGUGGAAAGAUGUCUGGAGCUGCUGGGUGGAGAAUGGAUUGAACACUGCGUUGUCCCAGCAUGUGAGCUGCUGCCCGUCUCCCUGUCCGCUUCCCAUUCCUGUGGAGACAGGCCUUGUGGGGCAGUGGCCAUGGAGCCUACGGGGCAGCCUACGGGGCAGGCCCUUGCACUGCACAUCGCACGUUGAGCCACAGACUCAGAAGGCUUCUUCAGGGUCCAGGCAGGUGGGGAGGGAUGGGGGUGACCUGGAGACUCCUGCCCCGCAGCAGAGGACAGUUUCAUCCGUUCACUGGGGAGUGCCCUGUGGGCCUAGGAGUUCAGUGCUGUUUUUUUCUGAUUUUCCAAGAGAAGCUGGAAAUCUGGAUAUUUAUAAGAAAUCUGAAUAUUGAGUGAUGGCAAAAUCUCAACACCAUGUGAGCCAAACAGACCAGUCAGGAGCCCUGGUUCAGGCUCUGCCCAGGAGCCACUAAAGGUCUGUGACGUGAAGACAUUUGUCGUUGUGCUGAGGCACUGGUUGGAUUCGGGGGUGCGUGUCUCCCUCAUGUCUGCCCGGCAUCCUCGGCUCAGAACCCCUCCUGCUGCUCCUUCUUGAUUGCUCGUUGUCUUGUCUUCUUUUGAGCUGUUUAUUUUUAGGUGAAGUUGAGUCCUCCCUCUUUCUUCCUUGCCUUUCUCCGGCCACACGCCCCGUUGCCGUGCAUGGGCCCCUGCUCAGUGCCUCACCUGACCCACUGCACCUGGCCAGGUGGAGGAGCAUGUCAGCCGCAUCCGGGAGGAGCUGGACCGCGAGCGGGAGGAACGAAACUACUUCCAGCUGGAGCGGGACAAGAUCCACACCUUCUGGGAGAUCACACGGAGGCAGCUGGAGGAGAAGAAGGCUGAGCUGCGGAACAAAGACCGGGAGAUGGAAGAAGCCGAGGAGAGGCACCAGGUGGAGAUCAAGGUGUACAAGCAGAAAGUGAAGCACCUGCUAUAUGAGCACCAGAACAACCUGACAGAGAUGAAGGCCGAGGGCACCGUAGUCAUGAAGCUGGCACAGAAAGAGCACCGCACACAGGAGGGUGUGCUGCGCAAGGACAUGCGGGCACUGAAGGUGGAGCUCAAGGAGCAGGAGCUGGCCAAUGAGGUGGUGGUGAAGAACCUGCGGCUGAAACACACCGAGGAGAUCACCAGGAUGCGGAAUGAUUUUGAGAGGCAAGUUCGAGAAAUUGAGGCCAAGUAUGAUAAGAAGAUGAAGAUGCUGAGGGACGAGCUCGACUUGCGGAGAAAGACUGAGCUCCACGAAGUAGAGGAGAGGAAGAAUGGCCAGAUCCACACGCUGAUGCAGCGCCACGAGGAGGCCUUCACCGACAUUAAGAACUACUACAACGACAUCACCCUCAACAACCUGGCCCUCAUCAACUCCCUCAAGGAGCAGAUGGAGGACAUGCGGAAGAAGGAGGACCACCUGGAGAGGGAGAUGGCAGAGGUGUCUGUGCAGAACAAGCGCCUGGCAGAACCUCUCCAGAAGGCUCGGGAGGAGAUGAACGAGAUGCAGAAACAGCUCGCAAACUACGAGAGGGACAAGCAGACCCUGCUUUGCACAAAAGCCCGUUUGAAAGUCACGGAGAAAGAGCUGAAAGACCUGCAGUGGGAGCAUGAAGUGUUAGAGCAGCGGUUCACCAAGGUGCAGCAGGAGCGGGACGAGCUCUAUGGGAAGUUCACCGCAGCCAUCCAGGAGGUGCAGCAGAAGACAGGGUUCAAGAACCUCGUGCUAGAACGCAAGCUGCAGGCUCUGAGCGCCGCUGUGGAGAAGAAGGAGGUGCAGUUCAACGAGGUCCUGGCUGCCUCUAACCUGGACCCUGCAGCCCUGACGCUGGUGUCCCGCAAGCUGGAGGAUGUUCUUGAAUCGAAGAACAGCACCAUCCAGGACCUGCAGUAUGAGCUGGCCCGGGUCUGUAAGGCCCAUAACGACCUGCUGCGCACGUAUGAGGCAAAGCUGCUGGCCUUCGGGAUCCCUCUGGACAACGUGGGCUUCACGCCCUUGGAAACAGCUGUGAUCGGACAGACGCUGGGCCAGGGCCCCGCAGGACUGGUGGGCACCCCGACGUAGCUGCCCCCCUGGGGGGCCACAGCCCAGAGAACCAGCCUAGGAACACUCUUGGGAUGACACCCCUUAUUACACCAAGGACAGCAAGUUUUUUAGAUUUUAUCAUCAGCAAAUGAAAGCUUUUCACAUGUU